ACCGAAAAAGCGAGUAAAUAUCAGAAACAAAAAGAAGAAGAAAUGGUUGCGAUUGCGGUUGCGGUGGCUCUGUCUUAGUAACUCUUAAGCCCCAAUUCCAAUUCUGUUAAUUAUUGUAAAAACCCUGUUCCUGUUGGCGAAACAACAAACAUCCUCUACGACUUUAUUUGCAUUUAUUUAUAUAUAUAUACACCUAUUUACAGAUUAGCAGCAGCUAUUCAUUCAUUCAGGAAUUCAAUUUUGUAAAAAAAGAAGAAGAAAUGGCCAUCGUCAAAACCUCUCUCUUCCCCAUCUCCAUUUCCGGAGCAGAAGAUGUUCCCUCUCUUGUCUUCUUCAAACUGGAAUCUUCCCCGAAUAGGCGGCGGCGGCGGCUUUGGAAACUCCAACGGAAACGUUCAUUUUCACCACUAUCAGCCUCAUUAGUCAGCGCAACCAACAAUGCAAUCUACACACAAGGCGUUUCAAUCCCCGGAGCCAAUUGCUCCACCACCACCACCACCAAAUUUCCGCCAUCAAUGGACAAGAUUCAGCCAGAGAGGGACGCUAUCUCCAUUCUCCACCAGAGGAUUCGACGCGAGCAUGGCAACAGAGAGGCUUUUAGGCCCGCUAUGGGUUCUGAAGAGGCCGACAAGUACAUUCGGCUGGUAAAGGAGCAGCAACAGAGGGGACUGCAGAAAUUGAAGGGCGACAAAAGGGAUGGUAAUGAUGAUAGGACUAGUUUCAGCUGCAAGGUCGAUCCUUAUACUCUUCGUCCAGGUGAUUACGUCGUCCAUAAGAAGGUCGGCAUCGGACGAUUUGUAGGGAUCAAAUUCGAUGUUCCCAAGGACUCCACGGAGCCAAUCGAGUACGUCUUCAUAGAGUAUGCCGACGGAAUGGCAAAGCUUCCCGUUAAGCAAGCGUCUCGGAUGCUCUACCGCUAUAACCUUCCAAAUGAAAAUAAAAGGCCACGGACCUUGAGCAAAUUAAGCGACCCUGGUGCAUGGGAGAGAAGAAGGACAAAAGGAAAGGUUGCAAUUCAGAAAAUGGUUGUUGACUUGAUGGAAUUGUAUCUACACAGGCUAAAGCAAAGAAGGCCUCCCUACCCAAAGAGCCCCAUCAUGGCCGAAUUUGUUUCUCAAUUUCCUUAUGAACCCACACCAGAUCAGAAACAGGCUUUCAUAGAUGUUGAGAAGGAUUUGACAGAACAAGAAACUCCAAUGGACAGAUUAAUUUGUGGAGACGUUGGUUUUGGUAAAACUGAAGUUGCAUUACGUGCCAUCUUUUGUGUGGUAUCAGCUGGGAAGCAAGCUAUGGUGUUAGCACCAACAAUCGUCUUAGCUAAGCAACAUUUUGAUGUAAUUUUGGAGCGAUUCUCAAAGUAUCCAAAUAUCAAAGUUGGACUUUUGAGCAGGUUUCAGACUAAAUCAGAGAAAGAUGAGUAUUUGCGUAUGAUUAAACAUGGGCGACUGGACAUUAUUGUUGGGACUCACUCGCUUCUUGGCAGCCGUGUUGUUUACAAUAAUCUCGGUCUUCUUGUGGUUGACGAGGAACAGAGGUUUGGUGUCAAACAGAAGGAGAAGAUUGCUUCAUUUAAAACUUCGGUUGAUGUUCUCACUCUUUCUGCAACGCCUAUACCAAGAACCCUUUAUCUAGCAUUGACUGGAUUUCGUGAUGCUAGUCUGAUUACAACCCCGCCUCCUGAAAGAGUUCCUAUAAGAACCCAUCUAUCAGCAUACAGUAAAGAAAAGGUUAUAUCAGCAAUUGAGAGGGAGCUGGACCGAGGUGGGCAAGUAUUCUAUGUUUUGCCUCGUAUCAAAGGGCUUGAAGAGGUGAUGGAAUUUCUUAAACAGUCAUUUCCAAAUGUUGAAAUAGCUAUUGCUCAUGGAAAGCAAUAUUCAAAACAGCUUGAGGAAACCAUGGAAAACUUUGCACUAGGAGAACUCAAGGUUCUUAUAUGUACAAAUAUAGUAGAAAGUGGACUUGAUAUCCAAAAUGCCAACACCAUCAUAAUUCAAGAUGUUCAACAAUUUGGCCUUGCACAGUUGUAUCAGUUGCGUGGAAGGGUGGGGCGGGCAGAUAAGGAAGCUCAUGCACACUUAUUCUACCACGAUAAAUCACUGCUUUCUGAUCAAGCACUGGAGAGGCUUGCAGCUCUAGAAGAGUGUCGCGAACUAGGCCAAGGUUUCCAACUUGCUGAAAGAGACAUGGCUAUAAGAGGCUUUGGUAAUAUUUUUGGUGAGCAACAAACAGGAGAUGUUGGAAAUGUUGGCAUUGAUCUUUUCUUUGAAAUGCUUUUUGAGAGCCUGUCCAAGGUUGAAGAACAUCGUGUAAUCUCAGUUCCUUACCAAUCGGUGCAGCUUGAUAUGAAUAUAAAUCCUCAUCUUCCUUCGGAGUACAUAAAUUAUCUGGAGAAUCCCAUGGAAAUAAUGAAUCAAGCUGAGAUCGCUGCUGGAAAAGACAUCUGGAGUUUAAUGCAAUUUACAGAGAAUCUGCGCCGUCAGUAUGGAAAGGAGCCUUACUCCAUGGAAAUUCUAUUGAAGAAACUUUAUGUGAAGAGAAUGGCAGCAGAUCUAGGGAUUACCAGAAUAUAUGCUCUGGGAAAGAUUGUUGGCAUGAAAACAAACAUGAACAAGAAGGUUUUCAAGCUGAUAACUUACUCGAUGGCAUCCGACAUACACCGAAAUUCACUUGUUUUUGAAGAUGCACAAAUUAAGGCAGAACUGCUUCUGGAGCUGCCACGAGAACAGCUGCUAAAUUGGAUCUUCCAGUGUCUAGCUGAACUUCAUGCUUCACUACCAGCCCUUAUAAAAUACUAGUUCCUACGGCAUAGAGAUGCUAAUUCUUGGGCAUGUCCAUAUUAUAGAUCAAGAUGAUAUUGCAUAAGGUGAUUCCAUGGAUGUGCAAACAAAAAGAAUCUGUCCAUCAUGAGGUCUGCUGGAUAGAUCCCCCUGGUAUUACGAAGCAGGCAUGGUUUUGCAUAAAUUAAAUGUUAUUAAAUGCCUUUGGCAUAGCCAUUUGAUACUUGAAUUGAGCAAUUCUUGUGGUGGUGAAUGGUGAUGAUGUCUGCUGCCUGACCAGAUUACAAUGUUUGUCAAAUGCAGAAUAGUAUUUGAAUGAUUAUCAAUGUGAAGGGUGCAAUGUUAGGCCAUUACCCCAGGUAAUAUCUAUCUAUCUAUCUCAAAUAUAAAGGAAAUUCUUCAUUCUAGGAGUAACUUACAGAACUCUAGUCAGUUAUAUGUGGUAUUCCUACCUCCAUCCUCAUAAUUCUUACAAGGAAUGCUUUUAUUUUUGUAUCUGCUUUACCUUGUUGGAACAUUUAUUGUAAAGGCAGAUUUUAAGCCUACAGCAAUACAAUUGUAAAUCUUAUCGGGCAUCAUUGUUUUUUUUUGGAAGGGUGCUUGGGGAAGUGUUGAUGAUAGGAAUAGGACUAUCAAACAUGUGUUUGAAUGGG